AGAUUGACCAAUUAAAAAUCGAUCUGCCAACAGCGUACACCUCCAGCGGGUCAUGCCUGCUGGCUCCUAAUCUUAUAACAGGUAACGGAAAGGUGUACAGUAUUACUAUUUGCUGCUGUAAAAAUAUGAAUUCGUCCAGCUUCAGAGACUGCAAGGCCUGGCAGUCUGAGGGUCUUCCCCUCUCCACCUCAAGCAAUGAAGCCUGUAAAAUGUAUGAUGCUGUUGUUACACAGUAUAUCUCCUGGUGUAAUGAUCAGACUCUUGGUGGAAUUGAGGGUUGCCUUUCCAGAAUGCAAACUGCAGAUCCCAAUUUUGUAAUGGGUCAUAUUCUAGCAAAUGGACUGGAACUCAUUGGAACAGGACACUCAGUUACAAAGGAUAAAAGCUUUGCCUGUGCUAUUCAGAAAACAUUGGAAAUUUCAAAAACACAGUCUAUAACAGAGCGGGAGAAGCUCCAUGCUUCAGCAAUAGACAUGUUUUCUAAAGGGUGUUUUACCAAGGCCUGUGACAUAUGGGAAACCAUUCUUUUGGAUCAUCCAACUGACAUUUUGGCUCUUAAGUUUGUUCAUGAUACUUACUUCUACCUGGGAUACCAACCACAAAUGAGAGAUUCUGUUGCCAGAGUUCUUCCUUUUUGGGGUUCCCAUGUGCCACUUUCUGGAUUUGUGAAAGGUAUGUACUCCUUUGGACUUGUGGAAACAAACUUUUAUGACCAAGCAGAAAAGGUAGCAAAAGAGGGUCUAUCUGUAAAUCCUAAUGAUGCCUGGGCAGUUCAUUCUGUUGCUCAUGUUCAUGAAAUGCGAGCCGAGGCAGAGCAAGGCCUGAAGUUCAUGGAAGAAACUGAGAAAAACUGGAAGUGCAGUGAUAUGCUUGCUUGCCAUAACUACUGGCAUUGGGCACUCUAUUUCAUUGACAAGGGUGAAUAUGAAUCAGCUUUGACUAUAUAUGACGGCAAGAUUUUUCCUUCUUAUAAGACAUCUGGAGCCAUGUUGGAUAUCGUAGAUACUUGCUCAUUACUUUACAGACUUGAAAUGGAAGAUGUAAAGGUGGGUGAGCGAUGGAAAGAAAUUUCAGACCUUACUAAAGCACAUGCAGAUGACCAUGUCCUCCUCUUCAAUGAUCUUCAUUGUUUGAUGGCAGCACUCGGAGCAAAAGAUAAGGAGACAACUUCUCUGUUGAUGGACUCACUAAAGGAACUUGCAGCAUCUCCAGGUGAUAACUUCCAACAUAAACUUGGUCUUGAUCUUGGUCUACCACUCUGUAAUGCUUUAAUUGAAUAUGAAAAUGGAAAUUUUAGCAGAACUGUAGACCUGUUGAGUCCCAUUCGGUACCAAAUAAAGGCCAUUGGAGGAAGUGAUGCCCAGAGAGAGCUGUUUAAUCAAUUGCUAAUACAUGCAGCUUUAAAGUCAGAAAAUAAAUCCCACCAGAAAACAGCCAGAUGUCUGCUUGUGGAACGAGAUGCCUUGAGACCAAACUCUUCUUUGACAAAAAGGCUCAUCCAGAGGACCAUGGCAUUGCAUCUGAAUUAAAUUUACCUAGAAAACUAAUGUUAUUUUAGUUGAGAUGCAUAAUUGUUUUGGAUUAUAAUCACAACCAUGUUUUCUACUGCGUAAAAAAGAAGUGACCUUUCUGGAUUUCAGGAGAACUUAAUAGAAUUUUGUUAUAUAUUUUAAAGAAGCUUGCAUUUAUAAUGAAUGGAAAGUUAAAUGUUUACACUACAAAUUUUCUGUGGGAAAAUGUUAAAUACAGAAUAUGAUCAUGUGAGUGGUAUGUUAAAUCCUGGAUAAAACAAUAAUGACAAAUUAGAAGAAUAUAUAUGUAAUUUCAAAAAAUCUUCAAACAUUAAUGCAGUUUAUAAAUCAGAAGAAAUUGUUUAUUUAGAGGUAAUACCGAAUAAAUACGUUUCACAUUAGUGUCAUAGUACAUUUUCCAGCAAAAAUCAAGUAAUAUUUUUUCAAACAAAAAAUAUUUUCCAUUGUUUUAAAGUUCACAGAUUUAAUGCAGUGACCAUGUUACUGUACGUCAAUGGUAAUAUACAUACAUAUGGUAUGUAAGUGAGAGCUUUUAUUCUGUGGCUUACAGAGUUUAUUUUCAUUCUCUUUUUUACUCUUUAAAUUUUAGCCGUAUUUUAUUAGUGACAUGUAUAGCCACUGGGUUUUCAUAUUGUGAGGUAAAAAAAUUUACAUUGGAAGUAAGAUAUGCAUAAAAUAAAUUUUAUAUUGCACAAAUUAAAAGUGUACUAAACUAAACAUUAUACAUAAUGCUGGUGAAAUUGUAACAUUUUUUAAUAUGAACCUGCUACUUGACAUCAGGUUGUGUUUUUAAAUAAAGCUAAAACUCUAUUGCAUGACACAUAUUGCUAUCUGUUCCCAUAUUGCUAAACUAGGAAUUAAUUGUAAGUGUUUAUUAUGAAGGCAACUUGAACACAUAUUUACAUAUACAAUCGAUACACAACCUAUUUUCCAUUGUUUUUAAAGCAUUAAUGGCCUCUUCAGAAUAUGUGAUAUGAUGUGAUGUGAUAUUUGCUUGCUUUUUUGUCAACAUUACUGCUUCAUACUGUCCCAGCCAGGCACCCUUGAUGGGCAUAAGAGCAGCAUGUCAUUGUCACCGGUCUUUUAGCACCAGGCUAGCUUCAUGUUUAGUUAGAAGCAAAAGCAGUGAAGAGGAGCGACAGCCUGGUCAUAAAUAAUAAUUGUUACUAUAAGCAGUGGUUAUAUUUUUUAUUUGAUUAUUUUGGUCAUAGAUAAAUUAACAUAAUUUUCCAUGUAAAAGAUCACUUUUACUCUCAUAUUACUUUCUUCAUGUUUCAUGUUUACUUUUAGUGUCCCAUCACAAGUUACAUUUACUCACAGUAAAUAAUAAAGCUGCUUGUGUAUUAAGA